AUGAAGACCAGGGAGAAUGAGCCACCUCUGCGGUCUCCGACUCCGACGACGUCCAACGCCGGCAACGUACGACGCCGGCCGCUCCUUGCUCUCACUCACGAGGCCUCACGCGAGCGCGACGACUUCCCCUCCUCCCCUUUCUCCUCUCCACGCCACCAUCACACGCCGGAAGACGAUGCCACCACUGGACCGACCUCGUCGCCUCCGAGCGCUUCUCGCCGGAGCCACCUCGGAGACAUCCUCCCUCUGUUCUCCCACCCUCUCCUCUCCUCUCGUCGGAGCUGCCUCAGAGCCGUCCCUCUUCCUCUCGCCGGAGCCGCCUCAGAGUCGUCCCCCUCUCCUCCUCCUCGCGUGUCGCCGCUGCCGGACCGGCUACUGCCCCUCCCCUCUUCCUCACGCUUCGCUCUUCGUGGCGCUCGCCACUGCUCCUCCUUCUCCUCACGACAACCGCCUCUCCACUUCCUCCUUCUCUUCGCGACGUCGGCGUCGGACAUAUUCGUCACAACUCCUCUGAGCAGCCUUCUCCACGCCUCUGCAAUUGCAUCACCUCCCUCGUCGCCUCCGGCCCAGCCGCAGCCACGCACGUUGUCGCCGAGCACCGCCUCCCACGGUCAUCGCCGGGACUCCUCUCUACACGGCGACCAGUGCAGUUCCUCCUCUCCGCAUUCCCUACAUCAACGACAAUAUCUACUGCCGAGCCACCAUUGUAUCCAGCAGCCCCGCUUUGCUCCCUCUCCCUCUUUACCGACGUCCGUCACUCCUGUUGGUUAG